GAUAAAGGGGACACCACCAAUAAGGCCCUGUUGUUCAGCCUCCAAAGCUCAUUGAGAACUUUUCCUUCGUUGUCUGCUCCAUUCCAGGUGGCCAUGGUGGAAGUCCAGCUAGACGCAGAACACGACUACCCUCCGGGACUCUUGAUAGCCUUCAGCGCUUGCACGACCGUCCUGGUGGCCGUCCACCUCUUUGCCUUGAUGAUCAGCACCUGCAUCCUGCCCAACAUCGAGGCCGUCAGCAAUGUCCACAACCUCAACUCAGUCAAGGAGUCGCCCCACGAGCGCAUGCACCGCCACAUUGAGCUGGCCUGGGCUUUCUCCACCGUCAUUGGGACCCUGCUCUUCUUGGCCGAAGUGGUCCUUCUCUGUUGGGUCAAGUUCCACCCGCUGAAGAAGAACACGGGCGCCGACGCGCAGGCGAGCAAUGGCACCAUCACCGCUGGGGAGGCAGCCGCCAUCACCUCCACCACCAUCAUGGUCCCCUUCGGCGUGGUCUUCAUCAUCUUCGCGGUCCACUUUUACCGCUCGCUGGUGACUCACAAGACGGAUCGGCAGUUCCAGGAGCUGAACGAGCUGGCCGAGUUUGCCCGCUUGCAGGACCAGCUGGACCACAGAGGGGACUCCGUUCCCUCUCCCAGUGACCAUUUCGUCUAGAAAGUGUCGGGGAGACCUAAGGUGGUGGAGCCCACCGGUUUUCUCCUGACCUUCCCGAAUUUGUCUGAGCUGUAACCUUUGUGUAAGGAGAGGGAGUUAACAGGAGCGGAACUUCCUAAGAGCUUUCCAGAAAUAAUAAUUAAACCAAUAAAAGGCAAAAGAGUGGCUCUCGUCACGUUGUGGAAUGCCAACCUCUGGGAGCCCUGCCCACCCGUCGCCCACCGUUUUCCUGGCUGUGCCUUCCCUAGCCGUGAACCAGGACUGUUUCCCUUUGAAAUGGCGGUUCGUUAGAAUUAGAAUUCUUUCUAUUGGCUAAGUGUGAUUGGACACCCAAGGAAUUUGUCUUCAUCAACAGAGAAAAUAGGGAAAGGGAAAGUGGGGAAAUUAGAGAUUUGGAAGGAAGUCUCGUAGCUUGGACUCCUUUGGGUCAAAUAACAGGUUGGCUGGAGUCGGUGCCCUAGCUGAAAACAUGAGUUCUUGGGUCUAAGUUUGGUUUUGCUGACCAGCCAAAGCAAAAUAGGCAAGACAGGGACACACACAGCCACCCCCGCCAACCACUGGCCAGCCCUUAACAAGCUUCUAAGAAACAUUAUUAUUUUGAUUUGUUUCCUUGCUCCAUUUUUUAUUUUGGUGACUCCUGGUGUCAAAAUAUGGUAGGUUUCCAAAAAAUUUUUUCCUGCAGGCUCCUUAUGAGCCUCUGGAAACCUGGAAUGCAGGCGUGUUUGAACUGGAGAGAGCUAUUUCGGGGUGUGUUCCCGUAGGAAAAACACAUUUGUACUCUUAUGUGUGUGUUCACAAUUGUGUUCUUUGAAGUCCUUGUUGCCUUUAUAAAAUACUCUGGCCGCCUUUCUUAUUCUUAACGGGCAUCCUCCAAAACGGUUUCAAAAAGGAAAACACUUUCCAGACUUCCCAAUGAUACAAACUUUUCAACAGCAACAACAACAAAAAAAAAAGUCGAACCCUUAAUCCACACAGUGGCUGAGAAAUAGGAAAAUCUUUGCGAGUCAGGAUGAGAACCAGGAAAGGAAAGGUGCUGU